AAAUAAUCUCUCGAGUGAAAAAGCCCACUGUUUAAUCUUAAAGAAAACAAAGCAAAUGUCACCGGUUAAGAGUCCAGUUGACCAGUAACAUUUCACAAUUUGUACCAACAACAGGGGAAAGGAGCUUAGUACGUCACUCUAAAAAGACCAUCCAGCACCAAAUUUCCAAAUUGCGUUUCAGAACUCAAAUGCGUUUUUGAUGAAAGCCCUAACUUUUCUUCCCUUUCACAUCAAUUUCUCCAGGGUCAAAGUUCUGGCCACCACAAAUACCAUCCUCCUAGACAAAGGGACUCACAUAAGGGCCAUUCGUGUUAACAGUCCCUCUGACAGCGACCAGAGGGUUAACGUUAGGUGGCAGGUACGCUGGAAACAUUUUCACUAACCAAUGCGAGUUUCAAGUCAUAUUAAUUGUCUUGCCUUAAAAGCGUAAGAGUUGAUUUCCAUGUCACAUCUUAACCUAGUCCCUUCCCAGGCGAGGCCACUCGGUUGCUCAUCUUUCACAGGACAGGGGAUCAGAGUACUUCGGGGGCAGUGUUCCCUUUACCCAAAGAGGCGAGGGCUGACCGGGCUCCCAUACCGUCCCUCCCCCGUCUAGGUUCCAGCUCCGCGCAAUCGCCUGCUUUCAGACUUGGUUCAUUCCUCAUUGACCUGAGGAGUCCAACCUACUACCGCCGGCUGGCGCGGGAGGGGCUCGGGAGCAGGGCUGCAGCGCAGCCCAAGGCGCCAAGUUGCCCCGACCUUCCCGAGCCCCGCCGCUUGCUGUCCGCCGCUCAGCCCUGACUCCUCUCCAGGCUGAAGGCCGAGCUAGGGAGCGGGGCGAGCGCCGUGACGCAGGAGGGAUCCGGCCAAUGGGAACGCCCCGCGGCGCCGGCCCCACCGCCCGCCUAUAAAGAGAAGUCCUGGGGGCUCUUCAGUCUUCGCUGAACCGGGCUCUGGGAGUGUCGCUGUUUGGUAGCUGCCUCCCUCAGGUGACUCCGGCCACCAGCGAAGUUUAAUCGUAGUCCCUGACGGGCCCAGGGUCCCUCCUGAGCUGCAGCGGGGGAUUCCAUGGAGAAGGGCCCGGGGCGGCAGUCUGCGAAGCCGCGGGGCGCCAGGUGCAGCAAUGGGUUCCCUGCGGGGGAGUCGCCGCGGCCGGGGCCAAGCCCGCCCGCCGAGGAGCCGCCGCGGCCGGAGACCAAAAGCGCCCAGCCGGCGGACGGCUGGAAGGGCGAGCGGCCGCGCAGCGAGGAGGACAACGAGCUGAACCUCCCCGACCUGGCGGCCGCCUACACGUCCAUCCUGCGCUCGCUGGGCGAGGACCCCCAGCGGCAGGGGCUGCUCAAGACGCCGUGGAGGGCGGCCACCGCCAUGCAGUUCUUCACCAAGGGCUACCAGGAAACCAUCUCAGAUGUCCUAAAUGAUGCUAUAUUUGAUGAAGAUCAUGAUGAAAUGGUUAUUGUGAAGGACAUAGAUAUGUUUUCCAUGUGCGAACAUCAUCUAGUUCCAUUUGUUGGAAAGGUCCAUAUUGGUUAUCUUCCUAACAAGCAAGUGCUUGGCCUCAGCAAACUUGCAAGGAUUGUAGAAAUCUAUAGUAGAAGAUUACAAGUUCAAGAGCGCCUUACAAAACAAAUUGCUGUAGCAAUCACAGAAGCCUUACAGCCCGCUGGAGUUGGGGUAGUAGUUGAAGCAACUCAAAUAAAAAUAAUUAACACAGGGUUGAACCCUUUACUUUCUUCUUGUCACCUUUUAGUGGCAACUUGCAAGCAAACUGCCAACAGUUUAAGUUGUGUGCACAACAUCACUGCCAUUCAGGUAACCUGGGAAGGGAACAGGAUGCAUGCAUGUAUUUUGUUCAAAUAGUGUGGUCAUUUGGUUCGUAAGCAUAGGAGUAUUGGGAAUGGGAGAAAACUAUGGCCAAUAUACUGGUUUUUUUCCUCUUCCCCAAAGAAAAAUGGCAUAGUGCUCAAAAUAAUUUUGUACAGUGUGCAUGCAGCACUGCUCUGCAGCUUCCAAGUCCAAUAGGCUCCACUUUAGUCAUGUUUACUAAACUGCCAGUGGCACUUUAUUUUCUUUUUUCUUUUUUUUUUUAUUAAGGUAUCAUUGAUAUACAGUUCUUAUGCUCAGGUUUCACAUGAGCAGUAUUGUGGUUACUACAUUCCCCCUCUUAUCAGGUCCCCACCACAUACCCCAUUACAGUCACUGUCCAUCAGCAUAGUAAGAUGCUAUAGAGUCACUAGUCUUCUCUGUGCUGUACUGCCUUCCCCACGCCUCCCCUACAUUAUGUGUGCUAAUCAUAAUGCCCCUUAAUCCCCUUAACCCUCCCUUCCCACCAGUGGCACUUUAUUUUCUAAUAUUUAUUUAAUAACUAUCCAGUUAUAAUGUUAGUCACCAAAGGAAGGUGGUGGAAUAUCUGUUAUUUAUUUUACUGGGCAUUACUAAGAGGCACAUUUCUACCUUGUAUUCUUUUUUAAAUUCAAGUACAGGAGAUUAGUUCCUGAAGUUGUUUAUGAGUGUAUUCUCAUGUCAACAUACAUGAUUUAAACCUUUAACUCUCUGUGCCUUGAUGAGAAUAUCACACCAUUCAGAGUACAGAUAACUUUGCCUUUUUUUAAAAGCCAUUAUUUUACAAGAAUUAGUACCAACACUGCAAAUAACUAGUCCUCACAGUUUUACCUUUAGCAGUUUCUUAGAAACUUACUUUCUGUAUUCCUUGUAGAUGCCUCAAAAACUUUUUUUGUAAACCUCAUCAAAUAUUUUUCUACAUAGUUGCAGAAACUUUUGGGAGUGUCUCUCAUUUUCAGAUCUGCAGAACCAUAGCCUCAAUGAACAUGCAAGAAUGCAGAGUAAGGACAUUGUAGACCACAUUAUAGCGAUGUCCAGUGUCUAAUGAAAGCUGUAUUGUUGGUGUCUAUGAAAAUGCCCUGUAGUUUUCUGGAAUUACUGGAAAAUGCCAGAAGCUCAUGUACUGGUUCCCCUUGUGGUCCACCAGAGUCCUGUCUGCAGUGUAGCUGUUUUAAGUGCUUACGGUUAUUUAGUCCAGGAAGCUGUUACCUUAUCAAUGAUGAUCUUAAAAUUUCCUCCCCUGGGGCAGUGUGGGCCAAAUUAAAUGAACCCAACUCCCCUGCAAAAGUACAAGCACAGUUAUCCCAUGGAGAAGUCUCUUAUUUGGUUGACAUGUGCUCCUCAGAUUUAUCCCAUUACCUUAAGAAUUCAUUACAGUGCUUGCUUUAACUUUGGUAGUCCCUGCCACUUUGAUGACAUUUGACUUGCAAUGGGGCAAGGUGGCAGAAGUGUUUGUUUUUUAAAGAUUCUUCCCUAUGUCUGUUUCCUAUAUUUUUCUAUACUUGGAGUUUCUAAAGUACAGUGCUAAUUGACUGAAUUCCUUUAAAAAAAUCUAACCUGAUAUAAACAGUAUCCUGCUUAAUAGACAUCUAGAGGUAGAAUUACACACUCAACUCAUGUUUGGUGUUUUAAAGUAAAAGCAGGAGUGACUUGGAGGACCAAAGAAAUUGUUAGCUAUGUAUUUAUCUUUCUGAGAUCAAUUGUAUUCCUUUUUAAUGACUCUUUGCUCAGACAUUCCUUAGAAGUGUUCUCAUAAAGGUCUAAUGUACUCACAGGCUGUUGUCUUAUUGGUAAAUGCAAAGUACUUGCCUUGUCUGUUUACUCUGGUCUGUAGUACUUUAAAAUUACCUUUUCAUAUCCAUGGCCUUGAGUCACCUUUGGGGAUUUUUAAGAAUUUGAUGUGUUUAAAUACACUGUUAAAGUUAAUUGUUUGAGUUUUAUGUAUGUGUAUGUUCUUGAAGUUGGUUCUGUUUAAAUUAUUAAAGUGUUAUACUUUGUUCUUGUGAAAGUAGUUUCUUUCUGAACCACUGUGUAGAUAGAUCAGUAAAUUCAUUUAAUGGUAUUGUGUUUUACCUAAGGCCCUGGUAAGGGCUGCUCUCAGCCACCAGGCUGCUAGAAUGAAGUCCCAGCGGCAGUACAGACCCAACCGGGCUCUGUUGCCCUUUGGCACUGCGUUUGGCAUCUCUGCCCUCACCCUCCUGCCAGGGACGGGGAGAUGCGGGGGGAUGGUGAGGAAUCUGAGGUGCCCUCUGCAGUUCCGGGGAUAAGCGUGUUCCCAGCCCGCGGCAGAUACUGCAGUGAAACCAAAAUCAGUGGAGGGAACAGCUAGAUGGGAGAAGCUCUUUAUUGCUUACAAGAGGCCUGACUCCCGUUCGUCUCUCC